UUGUGUUUGGCCAUAGUGAGCAAGUAACCCGGUUCCUGUUCGGUCCAGUAUUCCCCGCAUUUGGACGUCACCAUGAAUGCCAACACAGCUUGUACUGCAGAUCUCCUGGGGCUCGAGCAUGUAUUGCACCCCACCAGCAAGAGACCUUGUCCUUGUCAUGCCGAUGAGCUAUUCGAACUUCGAUGUGGAGACGCCCAAAGCAGUGGCGAAAAGGAAAGAGGAGGUGAAUGCAUUCCUGGAGCGCCACGCCUUUCCGGGGGUGAAUAGCUUGCGCGAUACCAGUGAUGUCUUUCAGCAUGUUCGUGUGAAACAGCUAUAUCCUUUGGAUGUUGCCGAAGAACUAGGUGAUGAGAGGAUGAUGAGCUUGUUGAAGAUGUCAGGUGCCACGGAGCGUUCCCAGACCUCUAGAAGCGCUGGAAGUGCCUUGAGCGGUUUGAGGAGCUUUUUCUCUCUACGCAGCACGGCCUCCGCGGCCAGUAGUUCCGAAGCACCAGUGCCACAACGGAGCUGUUUGGCCAAGAAGAAGGUGGAUGAGAUUGAUAUGGCAACGGAUGAGGAUAGUGUGGAGUUUGUGUGGGUUUGACCUGGUUGUGUUUAGCACAAUCGAAGGAGAACAUUCUCAUGGGGGGGAUGUGUCCUGAACUGCUUGACUGAAGCAGUUGAAUGCUUUUCUGAAUCAUUGCUUGAUCGAAGGAUAGCGUGAUGUUUCCUCAAAUCAGAUGGUGUUCUUAUGAGGAGAAUGCUUUCUGCACUGAACGGUGUUUGCUUUAGAUUUUGUCCAGCCGAAUGCUUUUCGGAUGGAUGCCUUGGCAGCCUUGGCAUCCGAGAGCAGCACUCCAAAGUUUGAUGCAUACUUGUGCAGCAUGUGCCCCUAAACCUUACCUCGGCUGUGCAUCAGCCGUGCGUUUUUCUCACCUGCACGACGUAGAAAGAA